GGCUCUUUCCUGGAAGUCACGGAGAUGGAAGAGGGGGUCUUGGUCCUUAAGCUCUCCCGGGAGCCCCAUUUUGCCCCUCCUGUGUUGACCUCACUCUGGCUAAUUCACGGUUUUCCCCAAUCUCUGUAUGUAAGAUGAGAAAAUCAGGGCUAGGAGUAAUUUGGCUAGCUUCAGGUAUGUUUUGUUGUUACUGCCAGGCCCCUCCCAUCACCUCUAUUCUUUCUUUGAACAAGUUCCCCCAACUUUCAUUCACUUUGGAGUGGGACGCUCUUCUCUACCUGUGAACCUUCUCUGGCCUUUAGCUUCUGCAAGCCCCUUCCCAACUGCUUCUAAUUCUCUGGGGAGUUCAUCUUGUCCUUCCUUGUGAAUUCUCUCAGGUGAACCAAGGCUCCUGGGAGAAUGGCCCUAGAAGCCCAGAUUUGCAGGAGCUGGAUCUGCUUAGCCCCUCUGGACUCCGGCUGGGCCUCUUCCACUCCUACCAUAGAUCUCUCCAUGACAGAUUCAGGAUGGUCGCUGUCCCUGCCUCCUCCGGACACUGCUUGCUAAUCCCUAUUUCCCAAAGAGGAGCCCCACCUCCUCAGAGCAAGGGGCUGGCCUGUGCUAUUUCUGGCCUUUCUGGGACUCUUCUGACAGCAGAUUCUUGUUUUCAGUCUGAUUCAGAUGUGAAACUUUUCCCGCGGCCUCUCACCCAGUUCCUGUGGGUUAAGGUUUCUGCCUCAUCACCCCCUAGUCAGGCCUUUCCAGUUCCCUGGUCAAAAAGUGCUUUCUGGUCUGUCGCUCAGUUUUUCUGGGACCUGGAAGAGGAAGUUCUGGGGGUUCAAGAGGGAGUUGUUCCCCAGUAGGGGCCCUUGGGCCCUGGGGUCAGCUUUUUGAUACUUUGAAGUAGAGAACUUUGAUUUCCAUGGCAAACCCUGUUUCUGUCCAGAGGAGUCACCUCCAGGGGCCCAUCCUCAGGCUGCGCUUCAUGGUGAAGCAGUUGGAGAAUGGGGAGGUUAACAUCGAGGAGCUGAAGAAAAACUUGGAAUACACAGCUUCCCUGCUGGAGGCUGUCUACAUCGACGAGACACGGCAAAUUCUGGAUACUGAGGAUGAGCUUCGGGAACUUCGGUCAGAUGCUGUGCCUUCAGAGGUGCGGGACUGGCUGGCCUCCACCUUCACCCAGCAGACCCGAGCCAAAGGUCGCAGGGCAGAAGAGAAGCCCAAGUUCCGAAGCAUCGUGCAUGCUGUGCAGGCCGGGAUCUUCGUGGAGCGGAUGUUCCGGAGAACAUAUACUGCUGUGGGCCCCACAUAUUCUACUGCAGUCCACAACUGUCUCAAGAACCUGGACCUCUGGUGCUUUGAUGUCUUUUCCUUGAACCGGGCAGCAGAUGACCACGCGCUGAGGACCAUUGUUUUUGAGUUGCUGACUCGGCAUAGCCUCAUCAGCCGCUUCAAGAUUCCCACUGUGUUCCUGAUGAGUUUUCUGGAGGCCUUGGAGACAGGUUAUGGGAAAUACAAGAACCCUUACCACAACCAGAUCCAUGCAGCCGAUGUGACUCAGACAGUCCAUUGCUUCCUGCUCCGCACAGGCAUGGUGCACUGCCUGUCAGAGAUUGAGGUCUUGGCCAUCAUCUUUGCUGCAGCCAUCCAUGACUAUGAGCACACAGGCACAACCAACAGCUUCCACAUCCAGACCAAGUCUGAAUGUGCCAUCCUGUACAACGACCGCUCGGUGCUGGAGAACCACCACAUCAGCUCUGUUUUCCGAAUGAUGCAGGACGAUGAGAUGAAUAUUUUUAUCAAUCUUACCAAGGACGAGUUUGUAGAACUUCGGGCCUUGGUUAUUGAGAUGGUGUUGGCCACAGACAUGUCUUGCCAUUUCCAGCAAGUGAAGUCCAUGAAGACAGCUCUGCAGCAGCUGGAAAGGAUUGACAAGUCCAAGGCCCUAUCUCUUCUGCUUCAUGCUGCUGACAUCAGCCAUCCAACCAAGCAGUGGUCAGUCCAUAGCCGCUGGACCAAGGCCCUAAUGGAAGAAUUCUUCCGCCAGGGUGACAAGGAAGCAGAGCUGGGGCUGCCCUUCUCUCCACUCUGUGAUCGCACCUCCACAUUGGUGGCCCAGUCCCAGAUAGGUUUCAUCGACUUCAUUGUGGAGCCCACCUUCUCUGUGCUGACCGAUGUGGCAGAGAAGAGUGUCCAGCCCUUGGCAGAUGAUGAUUCCAAGUCUAAAAGUCAGCCUAGCUUCCAGUGGCGCCAGCCUUCUUUGGAUGUAGACGUAGGAGACCCCAAUCCUGAUGUGGUCAGUUUCCGCUCCACCUGGACGAAGCACAUUCAGGAGAACAAACAGAAGUGGAAGGAACGGGCAGCAAGUGGCAUCACCAACCAGAUGUCCAUUGACGAACUAUCCCCCUGUGAGGAAGAGGCCCCACCCUCCCCUGCCGAAGAUGAGCACAACCAGAACGGGAAUCUGGAUUAGAGAGCUGGGGGCUGGCCAGGUCCUCACCGAGUCCAAAGUCUUCGAUGUCAUUAGCACUAUCCAUCCGAUUGGUUCUCCUAUCUGCUCCAAGGGAGUGUGUUGGUCAUGGGAGAGAUAGCUCACCUGAAAGCCCAAUGCUGGAGCUGGUAGGGUGGGGGAAGGUCCCCUCCCCACCCAAUACCCACUGGGACACAAGCUUGGGGAACCACAGGCCCCCAAUGGUCACUGUGCCCACCCCUUGCCUCUGGACUCCCUUCCUGGGUAGGUGGCUACUUGGGAGGGGUGAGCUUCCUACAGGCUUCCUAUGGCCUGGAGGGGAGGGUCAGAUGCCAGCCCCCUUGGCCCUCCCCAUCCUUCUUGCCUCCAAGUUUCUAAGCAAUACAUUUUGGGGGUUCCCACAGCCCCCACCCCAGAUCUUAGCUGGCAGGUCUGGGUUUCCGUUUCCCAGGGAAGCUGGCAGUUUUCAAGGGCCUGCAUGGGAAGGGCAGGAUGAGGUGGGGGACAGCCUCUUGACCCCAGAAGUGUGCUGCUCUAGCACUGCUCCUUUGCAAACUCCCUCUCUCCUCUGCCCAGGAAGUGGCUGGGAGAGGACAGGAGCCUUGGGAUUGUGCCUGCGGGAAGACUAUCCGGGGUCCUCAAGACCUUGGGGCUGGCCUGGGCUUGAGAAGCUUGUCACCUGCCCUACCUGGGUCUCUGGCCCUUUGCCUCCUUUCUGUCCCCGGGGACUAAGAGGCUCUCAUCCGACCAAUGUCUGUAAAUGCUUUGAGAUCUUCCUUCAGUGUAUAUGAACAAAGGAAGGAGGGGACAGCUGGCCCUGGUGCAAGUGGGGUAAGGUAUAACCCAGCAAUCCAUGUGGUCAGAGUGGGUCCUUCCUUCUCCCAGAACUGGCCUACGAAGAGAUUCCCCUCCCUGGGCCCCUCAGGGUGGAAGGCAGAAGGGGAAGGGCGCAGGGCUGUUGCUGCCUGGGGCACACAGAGCAAGUGAGGCCAGGCAGAGCCUCUUCCUUCCUCAGGCUCCUUGCCCCACCUCAUCCAUCCAAGAAAAGGCCGAGUCCAGGUGGCUGCCUCCUCCUUUCUUGUAAAUACCAGCCAUGCAUCUGUACAGUGGGCCCUGUUCUCGUGAAGUCCAUCUCCAUGGUGGUUAGACUUGCCACUCUGAACCGCAUGUGACUCCCCAUGCUUUUGGUCUCCCAGGCCCCUGAUAUAGCCAGAGAUCAAUAAAGAAGGGAGACCGGCUGGAUGUGUGUGGUGU